UCGUUCGUGUUAGUUUUCUUAUUCGUAAAACAAAAAAAGAAAAAAGAAAAUACACAAAUCCUUUGUAUAAACAUCGAACGAAGGGGACAAGGACCAAACCAAAACUAUUUCUUUCGUUUCUUUUGUUUUGUUUUUUUUUUUUUCUUUUUUUCUUGUUCUUCUAUCAGUAAGAAGGAAGAAAGAAGAGUCCUGUGGACGAAUAACGACGAGCAUUUCCCCACCAUUCGCUCGUUUACAUCUUCGUGUCGAAGUGGUGAAAUCAAUCGAAGGAAAAAUCGUACAUGGAUUAGGAGAAUGAACGAAUUUUUGCACAACCUGCUGAGAGAGAAAGAGAGAGGGAGAGAAGUAAAGAGAGAAAGAGAGAGAGAGAGAGAAAGAGAGAGAAAAAUAGAGAAAGAGAGAAAGAGAGAAAGACUUGGCUUUGGUGAGGACGAAAGGAAAUGAACUUUCGCACGAAUUCCGAUAAUUUCUUCUUCGUGGGUGAAACACCCAUCCGGAAAUACAUAAUGGCAAGGACGAUAUGAAUGAUUCAUCGACGGUCAUCGAGCGGCAGCUCGAUAUGGAUGUAACUCUCGAGGACAACAAUUUGAAAGUAUUGCCAAUGCAAAAUGUGGCACGACAAGAUUCGGGAGUACCAGAGGAUCUUGUAUCUCCGGUUUGUGAUGCUAACAAUAAGUCUUUGGACGACGAGGAUCCAGAUUGUACUAUGAACAGUGAUUGUAAUAUUACGGUGAUACACGUUACGGAAUUGGAAAAUCGUAAUAAGGAAGGGAAUAGAUCUUCGUCUACGUCUUUGGUUAAUGUAGAUAGAAAAGAGUAUACGGGUGAGAGUAAGGAUAGCAAAGAUGGAAGCGAUAGUGGAGUCGAGGGUUGCGCUACUGAAGUACCAAGAGUACGUAGCCGAAACAGUAUAGACUAUGCCAGUAGUUGUGGUGGUCUUGACGAAGCUUCCUGCGAUUCGAGUUUAGUCAGUUGUUGUUCGGUAUACGAGGAUCCAUGUGCGACGUUACCUGAUGACGUUAGAUUAACAACAGGUGGCGAAGGUACAAGCGAAGGUGGUAGCGAAAGUUCAUCGAUAGCUGGUAGCGUAUCAGCCAGGGCAAAUCGUAGUAGUAACGUUAAAAGGACCUCGACUGUUUCAAAUUCGAGUAAAAAGAAAACGAUUAAUAGCGAGACACCGAAGACGAGCCGUGUGAAGCCAGCUCUUUUGAAUGCCAAUUACGUACCAACGACUCCACGUUCAAAACCAAGGAUCAAUACACCAAGAAAUAUUAUUGGUAAAACGCAACCGGUGAUUAAAGACAGAGCAAGAUCAAGGGAAAAAUCAAGUGCAAGAGAAUCGAAUUGCGAUAGUAGUACAACAACCGGUAAUACUCGUAUGUCGUCAAAUUUUCGUUCUACCACUGGCACGGCACAACAAAGAACGAGAACAAGACCAAUACCACCAGAUUCACUGCCUUCGGUUUUAACUACAGAAAUAAAUAAGGAUCUUGCUCAACGCGGUAGUAAAGGUGGUUCAAGUGGUUCAAGAUCCCGUGGUGGUUCUAGUACUAGGAUAACAACACGUACACCGGGCUCAACUCCGUCCGAGGAAACACGAAAACCAUUGCCAACUUCACGUACACUUUAUAAUAAUAAUAAUAAUAAUAAUAAUAAUAAUAAUAAUAAUAAUAAUACCGGUAGAACAGAACCGGUUAAGAAUUUACGUUUGGAUAAAAUGACUAUUAGUUUGGACAACAAAGCAUUGGAUGCUUAUGCGACAUUACCACGUAGAAAUAAGAAUAAAAUGACAAUUGUUAAAGGUAAUGAGAAGACUGACAAAAUGGUCAGGAGCAGAUCUGGUAGUAGAGAUGGUAGUAUUGGUAGACAACUAGAUAAAAAGGCGCUAAGUGUUAGGGAUUCAGUUCAUAAAAGUUUACCGCCUUAUCCUAGAAAUAAACCAAUCGAAAAGACAAGGAUUUAUCAUGAGAUUGGAAUACAAACGGGCUUAACCGGGAACGAUAUAGACAAUGCAUUGUCUGGUAUACCUAGUGCCGUACCAGGGCCCGAUAUAAUCGAACGUUUGCACGAGAUUGUUCAGACCGAUGGCACGUGGGAGGACAUGCAGACAAUGCAGAAUGAUUUGAAACGUUUGAACGAGGAAACUAAUGUAAAGAAGGAAGAGAAUGAUAAGCUCAAAACUGAAAUAGUUGAGGUUAAACGUCUUUUGGAGGAAGAACAAGCCGAUCAUGCAUUUGCAAGGCAAGAAUUAGAUAGAAAUGCACGAAGAGUUUUGGCUAUGUUAGGUACACCGCAAUCGGAACAUGCAGAGGGUAGCGACAGUUUCUUAGAAUUGGAAUCUCAUUUGCAAUCUUCGGGACAAGUUGUUGCCAAUCAACAAAUUGAAAUAGCCGAUCUACAAUCACUUUGUCGUAUGCUUAGCAGGGAUUUGGAAAAGAGUUUAGCGGCGCAAAAGGCAUUGUUACAGCAACAGCAAGAAUUGGAGGCGGAGUCCGCGGAAAUGCAAGAUUUUCUUCAACAAGAGAAAACAACUCUGGCAGACGCGUUAAAGGAUGCCGAGAUCGAGCUAAAGAAAAAGGAAGAAGCAUUGACUCAACGAGAGGCGGAAUUGGAAAGGCAGACGGAAGAAUGUAAACAUUUAGUCCGAAUCAGUGAACAGCGAAGGCAAGAGAAUUUGUCAUUGAACAUGAAAUUAAAUGCGGUCGAACGAAAAGGUAGAGAACUAUUAUUAACCCAAGGUGCUACAAUAUCUGGCGCAUCGGUGGCACUUUCAGGUCUUGGAACACGAUUGGAGGGAUUGGUAGAUCAAUUAAUAACAUCUUACAAUAUUUCAGUGAAAGAUCUCGAGGAUGUGGUAUAUCAUAACGAAGCAUACAGUCGAAGCAACAGUAGUAUAGAAUCGAGUCCUGUUAGCUCAAAGAAUAGCUUAAAAGAAUGUACUCCUAGUCCAAAAAGUGGUUCCUUUGUUUCCGCUGUUAUCGGUGCUAUCCGUAACGCAGCGACACAUCCUUUCGUAACAAAGACUGUGGAUAAAAAGUCAUCAAUAGAAUCAACGAAACAAAUGUAUAAAGACAUAAGUAUGGACUCGUCUUCCGAUUUACUCGAUUUUGAAACUGAACCAUGUUUAAUGAUGGAAAGCGUAUUGGAAGAUGUUACAUUGCCGGAUACUUAUUCGCACAAUAUGAUAUCUAGUAGCGAUUCUCUUCGUAGAGCUUUAAGCUUUCCGGAAACGGUCGAUGAAAAUAAUAUUAAAAAGACGAAAGCAUUAGACGAAUGUACGAGUUUAACGAAUCUCACGCAAGCUAUAUUACAUCGCAGGAAAGUACAGGACGAAGAGGAAGAUGAUUGUGAAUCCAUAAGUGAAUCAGACACUGGGACCAAUGACGGACCACUUCCUUUAACGGAUUAUUGUCCAGCAGUAAGCCUUGUCGAUCAAGUAAUAGACGUUGAUAAUCUAGUUACGAAACUUUUAAAGGUUUUGCGAAUAAUACAGCUUGAAAAUGAUACGUGUAUACAAGAGUUAAAGGAAGAUAAAUGUGAUUUAGAAACAAAAUUAGAAGUUGCCUUUACCGAAUUAGAUGAGCUACGUAAGAUCGUAAAUAGUACCUAUCAAUCCGAAGACAUUUUAUGCAAUGUGCCAGAUCGAAAGCGUAGCGUCGUGGAAAAUUGUCGUCUUCUGAUUAAGGAGGCGGGUAAGGAGGAAUUAAAAUUUGAUGAGCCCGCAGACGCUAAUAAUAGUGGCUCCCCAGAAGCUAAAAACUGUGAGGAUCUCAACGCAAACGAAGAAGCCGAAAUCUCCUCUUAAGUAAUAAAUUUUUGAGUAUUGACAAUGUUAUAACAUUUAUGUGCAACCAUUUUCUUUUUUAUAUAUAUAUAUAUAUAUAUUUUUUUUUUUUUUCGUCUUCUUGCUCUCCUCUUCGUUUUCUUUCUAUCUUUUUUCUUUUCUUUCUUUUUGUUUUUCUAUUUUUUUUUUUUUUUCUUUUUUUCCUUUUUCUUUUUUUGUACUUCUCAAUUUAAUUGCUUCGUGUAAAAAAUGGAAACACCUUAGACGUCCUUUAUUCAUCGUUAUUAUUUAUAAAUGUUGCCAUGUCAGAAAUUAUUUACGUGUCUUUUAUAACGACAAGAGAUUAACGAAUGCUUGUAAUGGUAGUUUUGUACAGUUCGUGUCUUUUCUUUCUUUCUUUCUUUUCUUUUCUUUUCUUACUUUCUUUCUCUUUCUUUUUCCAUUUCUUUUUAUAUAUUCUCUUACUCGUAUCGACGAUUCUCACAUUAUCACAUAGACUGUGUGUUUUCUUAAUCACAGGAAAAUAUCUUGUAUAUAGUGAACAAAUAUUGACGACACUAAUUAAUUAAUUAAUUAAUUAAUUAAGAAAGAAACAAAGAAAAAAAAGGGGGAAACCCCACUUCAAAAAAGAAAAACAAAUAGAAAAGAAACAAAAACAAAAAAAAAAAAAAAGGAAAAAAAAAAGGAAAACAAAAAAACACAAAAAAAAAAAGGAACAAAUCAAUAUUCGCUCGUAAUAAUAAAGGAAAAAAAAAAGGCUCGAAAUUAGAUUGGAUUGAAUCGAGCGUAGAUUUUAAAAAUGAAUUGCCCUUUUAGAUCAUAUUGAUUAAAAAGAAAGGAAUAAAUAAUCUAUUCUGCUCUCUUAAAAAUUAUUCGUUACAUUCGUAGAAUUUAGAAAGUUCGAAGCAAAGAAAAAGAAGCAAAAGAAAAAAAAAGAAAAAAGAAAAAAAAAGAAAAGAAAAGAAACGAAAAAAAAAAAAAGAAAAGAAGCAAACGCAUCUCGCGUAUAUUGUAACAGUAUAUUUUUUUUUUUUUUUUUUUUUUUUUUUUUUUUUUUUCUUUAGUAUACCAUUUGUACUCCUCUUACAGUGAGUGCAUUUUAUUUAUCAAUGAAGUUCCAAAGAGUUUUGCAAUCUCGCACAAGCGAUUCUUGCGUAUAAUAAGAUAUAGAGAGAAAGAAGAUUUGAAAUAAAUUCAUAAAAACAAAAUUGGAUGUUGAUCAUUAAAAAUCCUUUUUGUUCUAUGAAAGUAUUCAAAAUUAUAAUAAUAUAUACAUAAUGUUUUCCAAAGUCGAGAGAACACAGGGUAACACUAGUUUUACAAUAUAAUUAUUAUUAUUAUCAUUAUUAUUAUUACUAUUAUUAUUAUUAUUAUUAAUACUAUUAAAGAAAAAAAAAAAAAAAAAAGAGAAAUAAAUAAAAAUAAAAGAGAAAAACAAACGAACGAACAAAGAAACAAACAAACAAAGAAAAAAAAAAAACGAAUGAUUUAAUGUCGAACGUGUGACAAAUUAAUUGAUAAAAAUAACGAAUGAAACGUUAAAUAUAUACGGACACAAAAUAUGAUCAUGACAAUUUGAACAUAUGUAUGUAUGUAUGUGUCACGUUUACUCGUUAUUAUAGUCAUGAACAUAUUUAAUAAUAAUAGUCAAUUGGAAUUUCAUUUUUAUUGUGAGUAAGUCAGUUUAUAAUUUUAAGUGUUUAACGAUGAACAAUAUAGUCGGACGAUGCUAUAUAAUGAUGCUAUAUAAUGAUAUAUAUAUAUAUAUAUAUAUAUAUAUAUAUAUAUAUAUACAUACAUAUAUAUACUAGAAUUGCAAUAUAUUUGAAAAUGUAUUCUUGUAUACACAUCCUCGACUUCCAAACAUAAGGACGCAUAUAUUUUAAUGAUUGUAUAUAAACAGAAACUGUGACGCUUAUUUUCCAUUAUCGUGUGUUUCACAAGCCAAUAUAAAAUUUCUUCUUAAAAAAUGCAUUACGUGUUAUUUAAAGAGAACUGUAUUCGCGAAGUGUCUUCUGGAAAUAAUCAUCAUUUUCGAAAAUAAAAUAAAAUAAAAUAAAAUAAAAAAAAAAAAACAACAAAAAAAAAGAAAGAAAUAAAAGAAACGAGCGAUUCCACCCAAUUAAAUUGUACAUGCAAAGGAGCAUAUGUAUAGUCUUAAGCAUUUUUAUACAAAAUAUUACGAAGUAUUGUGAUCAUAUACCAAAACAAAAAAAAACAUACGCAUAUAAGCGCUUGGCGCGCAUCACAAUCAUACACAUACGUACACACACACAUACACACACACACACACAUACACACAUACGGAGACAGACAUAAAAAUAAGACAGAACAAAAAUCAUAGACAAUGUAUUUUAAUUUUUAAUCAAAUAUAUUUCAUUUCAAGAAGAAA